AUGUGUCAUUUCGUUUGGUACGACAACGAAUGCUCCAGCUGCGGCUUCACUUUCGACCGCAAGCUCACGAAAUGCAAAUACGUCAACGCGCGGGUUCCGCGACCUGCUUGCGAUAAAACAUAUCUGAGAGAGAACCAGCCGGACUUCAGGUGUCAGAAUUGCACAGCUCCGGAAACGCCUUGGAGGAAAGUGGAGUUCUUGGUGAAUGCUACCGAGGGGAACACCAAUGCUGACGAGGCGGACUACCACACUGAUUACCCGACUGAUGAUGACUGCAGAGAUGGUGAUUAUAAGGGUGACGACGAGUCUGCUUCCUCUGAAGAUGACGGUGAUGUAGAUUCUCAAAGGAAAAUUGGGAACUCGAAGAGGAAGCUGGAGGGAUCUACCUGGCAAGGCACGAGGAGAAGUUUGAAGAGGUCUUGCAAGGAACGGGGAACAAGGCGGAUUGGAAUGUUGAACUGA